CGUCAAUGUCAGCUCCACUGUAGCCUUUUUACAAAAUAUGAAAAUUAUAUGAGUGCCUGUCGUAACAUAUAACCACGACAGGUCGCUGUCAUCGUCGGAUUUCAUGUUUGGACAUUAGCCGGCUAGUUAGCUAGGUUAACUUUGCUAAGUAACGUUUGUUUUCUUCGAGCAGCACGGUGGCAUUUUAGAUUCACAGAGAACUUACCAGAGGAUGCUGGAGUCAAUCAAAGUAACAGAGAGACUCCAUUGGCCUGAAGAAGAAAUGUCUAAGAAGUACAUCUUAAACUAUGGUGGCAAGGCAGUGAGUCCAAGCCAAGUGUACCUGGAAAAGGUUUCCUCCACUGUCCUCAAAGACCUCUUAAGCGCUGGCUCUAACAGCUAUAAUGUCCUGCUGCAGGCUGAGGAAGAGGAGAAGAAGAGCCAAAAGCAGUCCCCAUACAAGAGGCCAAAGACAGCAGUGAAAUGUGGCAUCACAUUUAGCAAACGAAACCGUCCAGGCAUGGCUCCUAGAAAGGCACGUGCUCCAGAAAGUGGCAGUAAACCUGCCCAGACAAUUCGUGUCCUCUCAUGUAGCCACUCCAGUCUCCUUAAACCAGCGCGGAACAUCGCAGUCGUGAGCAACACGAUGGGCCAAACCCCUCGUGCAGCUCUGCAGCUCAGGAAGGCGUGUAUCCCUAACUCGCCUCGCACCAAACUUCCCUCUUUGCACAAAGCGACAAUCACACGGGAGGUGGAAAAUGCCAAGAAGCUCUGCAUCCUUACAGCCAUCAAACCAUCCAACGUUGAGAAAGAGAAGGCCAAGUUUUUUAAGUCUGACUUCAGCUACAACCCACAGUUUGAGUACAGCAACCCUGUUUCUCCGCUUGUCCUGGCACGAUUUUCUCAUCUCUUGCAGGCAGUUCACAUCAUGGAGCUCGCCCUGCAGAGAUACGGCAGCUAUGAGAAGUUUGAGCAGAUUACUGGGGGCAACCUCCUCACCAAAAGUCGCAUCUGGCACAACGUCAAGAAAUACAUGGAGAAGGAAGGCUGCAUGGGGGAGAUCGUCGUCCAGGUGACAGAUGACCUUCUGUCCAGAGCCUCCAUGACGGUGGUGAACAGCAGGCCCACACUGACCAUCAACAUCUCCAGUGCCCGAGAGCACUGGCUGGAGGGCAUGUUGAGGCACGAGAUCGGCACACAUUACUUCCGUGGCAUCAACAACUGUCACCAGCCGUGGAGCAGCAGUUUGGGCAGAAAGAAGCACAACCUGAAGCCUCUGAACCCCACAGAGGAGGGUCUGGCCAGCAUUCACAGCGUCUUGUUCAGGAAGGACCCCACACUGUGGCGCGCUGCCCUGCUCUAUUACACCGUCUAUCAGGCCAGCCACAUGUCCUUUUCUCACCUCUUCCACAGCCUUGGACGCUUUGUCCAGGACCCCAACACCCGCUGGGACUACUGCGUCCGAGCCAAGAGGGGCCAGAUCGAUACGGCACAGCCAGGGUGCUUCAGUAAAGACCAGGUCUACCUGGAUGGCAUCCUGAAGAUUCUGAGAUACAGAGACAAGAUCAACUUCCCACUGCUGAUGGCUCUUGGAAAGGUGUCGUUCGAAGACGUGGACCGCCUGAAAACCAUGGCUCAGAUGGAGAAUGUCCGCAUCCCGCACUUCAUGCAGGACCAGACGAGGUAUGCUGAGCAGCUGACAAAAAUCAUGGCAGUCAACCAGCUGACUGACGAGGAGCUCAAGACCAUCAUCUGAGCCCAGUCCACCUUCCCUGCACAGUCGUGAAUAUAACCUGUCACACCACUGCCAGCCUGCCUGGCCUGCAUGCAUCCAACAUCAACACCAACAUCGUGCAUGCUAGCAGAGUUUGUGACCUGUGCAGCGUGCUCUAUUGCAUGUACUAUAGAGUUGUGUUAGAUGGAUUUGCACGUUAGUUUGAUCUGAUAUUGGCUUGUAAUUAAAAGUUCACUAUGACUCCCACUAUCUGCACAGAUAAAGAAGGGAUGACCCAAACAAAGUCCCACCAGGCUGUUGUAGUCAGAGCUGGAUGUUAGAACACACUCUGUGCCAAUACAAUACCUGGAUUAGUGUAUCAUUACGAAAAUGUUACUUUUUCCAUAUGUUACAUUUAUUAAAUUUAUGGAAUAAUUGAUGCCAAAUCUUUAGUUUUUACUUUAUUUUUUCCUGAAUCAUAUUUCACUAAGGUUUGAUAAACACUCUUUGGCUUGUAGGAUUUUAGCUUCUCAGAAGCUAGAUCAGUAUCUAUCAGAACAGAGUUUAAGUAUUCCCUGAAGAAUUAAAUUAAAACCUAGCUCAGUUUUUUAAGCCUAUGCUUAUUUUUUACGCUUUAAAAAUCUGAUAGCUCUGUAUCAGUUCAUAAUUUAGAACAUGAACACAUCAUUUGAACAAACAAAAAUAAUUUUGUGCCACUUGUCCAGAGUCAGCUGGCAGUGGCAUCAGGCUAAGUAAUGUCAUUCAGUCCUCCCUCAUUUCAGCAAUGAUUUCAAGGUCUUUCUUGGGGAUCCUGAGGUGUUUCCAUGACAGAUAGAUAUAUAAGCUCUCCAGCAUGACCAGAGCAGCCACAAUAUGGAAGAAACUCAUUUUGUGAUCAAGAUGCAAACCCAAUGCUUUGUAGUGGACAAAUUCUGUUCUGGUAGAGCUGUUUCUAAUUUAAUUCAAACACAUUUUUGGGAUUCAUAUUCAUAUAUUCCAGUACUAGCUAUUAUUUGCCAAUAUAUAUGCAGUGGGGGCUGUGUUUAAACUUCAAAAAGCCCUUCGAGGGGACGACCUGGAUAUAGCAAUUAUUUACUUCAGUCCGAAAAUGUUACUCAUAGGCAAAGACAGCCAGCAUGUGAAAGACCAGUGGAGUGUGAGGUGUUUUUACUCAGAGGCCUUUAGUUUCCUCCUUUAUGUGAAGAUACAUCCACCGAUGACAUCAUUAUGGUUCAGGCUUCUGGUCUUAUUUAAUUUAAUUAAAUUUUGUUCAGUUGUAUUUUUGUGGUAAUUUGUGAAAUGUUUUAAAUUUACGUCUGCGAGGUGUUUGUGGAAAUGCUCCUGGACUAGAGUUGUUUCUGGAAGGUGUUUUAAGUGGGUCACAGUGACGUUAUUUUGAACAAAUUACAUGCUGGUCAAACUUAAUUAUUUAAAGACAGUGACAGUCUAAUAUAUCAGUGAUAAGCUCAUUGGCUGUGCCAGUACAUCAGUUGGUGUCUGAUCUCAAAUCCGUUGCCCAUGCUGUUUAAACUCCUGUAAUAAUUUAACUGCUGAAGAAAACCUGAAUGCCAAGUGUUUUGUAGGCUCACGCAUGAAUUAGACACAGAUCACCCAUUAGUUUUAUCUUAACCACCAAAACCUUAUAGAUAUAAUUCUUACAAGCACCUAUGAUCUAAGUGUACUUACCUUGUGUUUAAAAUGUGUCUUUAGUGAAGAUGAUUCUUGCACUCUGUUUCCUCUAGAUACGCUUAGAGUUCCUACUUUUGUAGUACUUGUGUUCGGCAUUAAAACAGAAAGCAUCUGUGUGAGAGAAAGACAGGGAAGGUGGAAUGAUGCUCAGUUCUGCUGCCUCUGCAGAGAUGAACCGAUACCUUUGUCAGUGCUUCAUCAGCAUCAUCACACAAACAUAAUUAACGUUGAGCCCGUCAGCAUUGUUCUGCAUCUGCUGAAAAGAAAAUGUUUGUCGAGUGUGAAAGUCAUUUGUAAUACUUUGUAAUACUGUGACCGUAGGAAGGUGUCCUCCUCAGUACGCUCAGUGAAGCCCUCGUGGUCCAAGUGCACUGACCUGAAGCCCAGUGUGACUAUUUGCACUUUCUUACCUUUGAUCUACCUUUUUAACUGCACUGAUAUGAGCAGUUACUGCGUCGGUCUCAUUUAUACAGACUGGUGCAUUUAUGUUUUACGACACAAACCAAAUGCCUUGUGGUUUUACUGUGAUAGUUGAUGAGUGUUUGUGUUGUUGAUACUUAGAUUGACCUAAAACAGGGAGCCCUUUGCCUCCUCAAAGACCCAUUAAAUGGUACCGUUUAAUAACAUGGUGUUUCUAUGUGAUAUUUUCUAUUUGAAUGAUUUUUUUUUGUGAAGUUAAUAGAUUGAUUCUUUCAAUAAACUUUACUCCCUUGAAAA